UUGAGGACAGAGGUGCAGUACACAGAUAGGAAGGGUGUGCGUCCCAACACGUAAUUAACAGGUCCAACAUGCCUGUCGACUACACUGGUACAUGGAACAUGGUCAGCAAUGACAAUUUUGAAGGGUGGAUGGUGGCAGUUGGUAUUGACUUUCCCACGCGGACGAUCGCCAGACUGCUGAGGCCACAGAGGGUCAUUGAGAAGAACGGAGACGUCUUCACCAUGAGCACCGUCAGCGCCUUCAAGAGCUACAGCUGCUCGUUCAAGAUGGGGGAAGAGUUUGUGGAGUUUACCAAGGGACUGGACUACCGGAAGUGCCAAACUGUGGUGAACUGGGACGGAGACAGAAUUGUGUGUGUGCAGAAGGGAGAGAAGGAGAAUCGAGGAUGGACACACUGGAUUGAGGGAGAUCGGCUACACAUGGAGCUUCGCUGUGAGGAUCAAGUCUGCAGGCAGAUUUACAGAAAGAGCUUUUGAGUGAUUUAAAGAAUUUGCUAUAAAAUAUUGAAAUAGCC